CCUUGAUGCAGAUUGAAAAGGCUGUGUUGUUUGAAACUAGUCGCGUUUGAUUAGUUUUAUGAGGCUAUUUAUUGCUACAUGACUUAAAAUAGCAACUGUCAAACCCAUUCCAUAUUACAAUGUUGAUAGACCAAAAACCUUAGUGUAACUGGUGUUGAUUUGUUUUAUGGAGUUUGAAAGAGCAAAAGUUGUUGUGGGUGGAGAUUCUGGUGUUGGUAAAACAACUUUGGUACACCUGAUAUGCAAUCAACAGACUCUUCCUCAUCCCUCAUACACAAUUGGCUGUAGUGUGGAUAUAAAGAUUCAUUUAUAUAAUGGUGAUCCUGCAAAAGAACAUCCAUAUUUUAUUGAAUUAUGGGAUAUUGGUGGAUCAAGCAGCCAUGAGAAUACUCGGUCAAUCUUUUAUCAAAAUUUGCACGGGCUGAUACUAGUCUACGAUUGUACAAAUAAGAAAUCACAAUUGAAUUUAAGAAAGUGGUUAUCUGAUGUGUUAGGGAGGUCAGUAGUAAAGAGACCGGAAACUGAUAUUGGAGGAAUAACGUCAGCAGUAAGUGGUGCCACAGCUACUAUUACUAGUGGUAGUAAUUGCAACGGAGGUGUAACUAAUGAAAAAUAUGAUAAUCUCAAAGCAAGUACAACAGAUCAACUGACAAGUUUUGUACCUAUCGUAAAUACAGAAACUGUAGUGAAUCGAUUUUUUACAUGGUCAGAAUUACAAACAACUAAUACUAAUCAGAGUGCUGUAAAUUAUAUGACUAACACAGUCUGUCCACCUAUUCUUGUUAUUGGUACAAAAUUAGAUUUACUAAGUUCACAUAGUCGAAGAUCUGUACAUAAGGUCACAUCACGUUUUAAUCUAUCUACUUCACCAUAUAUUCACCAGAAUGAAUUGCCAUCAGUUGGAAAUUAUCAUCCAUGUGUUCCAAUGACACCUAGAUCAUAUGUAUCAUCUGUGCAGUUUUUUGAAGAUACUACACCAUCAAGAAUACCGUCAUUAUUAUCGUCGUCAAAAUCAUGCAAUUUACCAUAUCGUAAUAAUUAUACAAGUGAUAAUCUCAAUGAAGAUCGCCACCUAACAAGGACAUUGCCACAAUCGUUAUCAUCAUCAAGACCACAAAGUGUAUAUAUUAAUUUAAGUGAUAGUCAAAGGUUUUCAUCGUCACCGUCACUGUUAACCUCAUCAACAAAAGACAAAACAUGGAACUUCGCCGAAGAACAAGGAUUUUCAGAAAUUUUGCUGAACUGUAAUUCAGUCACAAGUCUAAGUCCUGGAAGUCCACAAGAUCUUCUGUUGGAUCGGUUUUUUGACGAAGUAAUCAAUUACAAAGUAUUUUCCAUGUCAAUGAAUUGUAAUUCAUCACCUGAUCUAUCUCGAAUUAAACGGCGUCCAGUGGAUUCACGCAAUACUACAUAUAAAUACAAUUGA